AUGUCAGACGAAAACACGUGCCGGAUCUGUCGGUGCGAAAGCACACCUGAAGACCCGCUGUAUCACCCUUGUAAGUGCAAGGGUUCCAUCAAGUACAUACACCAGGAUUGUUUGAUGGAAUGGCUAGCGCACUCGAAGAAAGAUUCUGUUUGCGACAUUUGUCAUGAAAAAUACCAUUUCACAACUCUUUUCGCCGAAAAUGUGCCGGAUAGGGUCCCGUUGAAAGUUAUACUUGAUAAGGCUGUGAAGCACUGUUUCAAACUGGCUUCGUUAGCAGUCAUAGUGCUAUCCACCUUUGUGUUCAUUGUGGUGGAAGUACCCGUCUUCACCGUAUUCACCAUCAGGUCACUGCUCCGGUCAUUAUCGUCAAGUACGCGGAAGGAAUCUUUUAUGAAGCUUCUUAUAUUUGGUGAUGCUGAGAUAGACCUGAGCAAGCCCUGGCUCACAAGCGAUAACCUGCUAGUGUUUCUGAAAGACACAUACUUAACUGGACUGUUGCAGUUUUUGUUCUUGGUGUUGCUAGCUGUUAUAUUGUUUACCCAGCACGAAUGGGUAUCAAAGGACGAAGGGUUUACCACGAUUUUGAACAGAAGAAUAGGCCCCGAGAAACCGUUUAGGGCACUGGAGGCCCUGCAGGCAGAACUGCACGGGAUAGGCGCUCGCAAUGGAGACAUACUGUUGGAUGCUGUUGUCAGACCUGCUGUUCAGGAAAGAAUACGACGGGCGAGAUUGGAAGCUGAGGCCGAGGCUGUCGCGGAAGCAGCUGCAAAUCCUCCACGGGAGGAUGAUGCUGAGGACGAGUGGAUGGAUUUCGUGGCAGAAGAAGACGAUAAUGCUCCCAGAAUGCUGGACCAGGAGGGUAUACAGCCGGAGGAUAAUGCAGAACCGGAAGGACUCAAUGGGGACCGCGAGAUACUCUUGCAGCAGUUUGUGGAACAGGUGGUCAGGGACGUGAAUCCUGAACAGCGCAGAAGAAGAGAACAAAAUAGGCUGCCUCAAAGAAUAGUUGCGAAUAGGGCCCCUGGUGCAGAGGUCCCAGUGGUACCAGUGGUGCCAGCAGUUCCGGAGGAGCCGGAACAGGGAAUUGACGUAAUGGUGAACAUUGACUUUGAUUCUUAUACCGCCGUGCUCCCAGUGCAACUAGCGAUAAUAGCGAACAUGGCAACAGUGUGUUUGUCGAUGGCCUUGGGGUUCAUGCCAUGUGUUGCUGGAACAAUCUCUUUGCCCAUCUUUCAUCUGUUUGUCCAGAAGCUAAUCUUCGACUUUCCGUUUUUAGGGCCAAAGCUGAAGGCAUUUGCAGGUAUAAUUUCACAAAAGGCUGGAGAAGUAUUAGUGGAACAUCCCUUACCUUCUUCCGUACAGGGAAUUCUUGUUUAUGCGAAAGAAAGCAUUGUUUCCCCAAUAUUGGAGAACUAUUGGGAUGUUUUGAACAUUUCAAAGACUCCAACCAUCACACAGGUCGCAAUCAGGAUCGGAAUAGGCUAUUUGAUUAAUCUUCUGUUGACAUUUGCAGUCAUGAAAUACUUUGAGAAAGGCUGUUCGAAACAACACCCACUGACUGGUGUCUACAGACGCUAUUACACCACUCUCCUUGAGAUUGUCUCCACGUUAAAAUUGUUUGUGAUCUUUGGCACAGAGCAGAUACUAUUUCCCUCGUACUGUGGCUAUUUGCUGGAUUUUGUGCUGUCUCCUCUCUUCACUCAUCAUGGAGGUUAUUGGAUGACGGCAGAGUUGAUACCCGAAAGCUUGAAGUCCAGUCCAUUUCCGCUGUGGAAUGUUCGUUGGGUAGUUGGCACAUUUUUCAUGUGCUUAUUUGCAUUGUACGUGGGAAUGGUUAGACGCAGAAUUUUACGGCCAGGUGUUUUGUACUUCAUCAAAUCACCAGAUGAUCCUAACGUCAGACUGGUCCAUGAUGCUUUGGUGAGACCAUUGUAUUCGCAGAUGUCGAGGAUCGCCCUUUCAGGCGUUAUAUAUUCCUUCUUCAUUGUUGUUGAGAUUGGAGCUUUGACUUGGGGUUUGAAACAUAUCGACUUCCUCAAUCUUUUACCCUUAAAGAUCGACCUGUUCUCGUGCUUUCUGGGAUACUCUGUGGUUCAUUUCAAGAUUGACUCUGUGCUUGUGGAGGCCUUUGUUGCUUUUUGGAAGGCUUCUUUUACCUUUAUCUGCAGUCAAUUGCGGAUGUCACAUUUCAUUGUCAAUCACCCUGUACCCGAAGAGAGGGGCCGUGUUGUAUACAGAAGUAUAUUUCAUCAGCUGCUGCGCUCAAAGCCUGAUUACAGUCAGCCUAUGAGCUAUGAGAGUGCUGUUGAGAUGUUUAAAAGCAGUCCCGGAGUGAAUGCAGCUUUCGUCCCAAAUGGAAGUUAUAUGAGAGUGCCUGAUAAUGACAAUGUCUCGAGGAAGUUUCUGAGAGAACUAUUCGUUCCGGUGACCAAAGACGAUGAGCUUUUAGACAUUUCCAACUCCAGCAAAGCAAAAUCAACAGACAAGCCUGCUGAAAGUACCCGCAGCGCCGAAGACUCUGAUGAUGAAGAUUUUGCACACCCAAUAACAUCGUAUACCGUUGUGUAUGCGCCGCCAUCGUUGGGAAAAAGAUCACUGUUGCUUCUCGCUUCCAUAUGGGUAGCGGCAAUAGGAAUAACAGCUAUUGGUAUUGCAUGGGAAAGGCUUGUCUCACGAAUGCUUUAUGAGCUGAAGCGAGGCUUGUUCAGACUUGGUGGCAGCACCCCUUAUGCUUGGGAUUCUCACGUAUCAAUGACAACAACUGUGAUAUCGUUGGUGAUUUUUGCUGGUAUCUACAAGGUGGCCAGUAACGGACAGAUUGCUGAAUUGGUACCCCCGAACUUCAAUGCGUUAGUAACCAAGGCAGCACUUCAUGCCUUCUAUCAGUUACCAUUGGUCAUGGGACUGAUCGAGUUCCAAAACGUUUUGUUCGCGCUUCCAUUUUCCCAGGUAUUUUCUUCUGAGAUAGUGUCCUAUUCUCUCCCGCUUUUCUGGCCCACGGACUUCUGGUCUGUAGGAAAGCUCAUUCUCACGUUAUGUUUGUUUCUUCCCGUUUACUGGCCCACAAUGAAGCCAUUUACUGACCCCAGGCCCACUCGACGCCAGCUAAAGAUGGUGGGGCUUGGUGCUCUCAUCUCUCUUUUGGGAGUGGCUCAGUUCCUGGUGUAUUCCUUCUGCUUUUACAGAAGUGCACAGACGGAGCUCGGAUUUGUUUCCUUUUCAAUAGAAUUGGGAUACGCAGUCCGCAAGGACUUGCGCCAAUCUCAGAUUGCAUCAACAAUAAUGCUACUGGACUGGUUUCUGUUUAUGUACCUGGUAUCUGCAGACGCCAUCAGGUCGGUGAUCACUUCCACGAACGAGAAACUCAAGGCUGAGUACUAUGGUGUCGAACGGAGAUUGGCCAAUGCGAAUUGA